AUGGACGAGGAUCUAGAUAAGACGUCAGCUCGUUCCCUAAAGGUCGUGCUAAAGGAAAUUCCCGGGGCUGUGGAAGAGACCAUAGACUCAACAGGAGGGGGAGUCCUGGGUAGCGCGCCGGUCUACAUCGUUACUUGGCGGAAAGUUCCCAUGAGUCUUUGCCAGCGUCCCCCUCCUUUUGUGAGGAAUGGGAUAUUCCGACUCCUUAAGGGCCUGGCGCACAUAAGGGCCACAUCUGCCAGAGCCUGGAGUCUGCGAAGGCCGGGACCCGGUUCCCCGGCCCACCGUGGGGGUGUGCAAACCCGAGAGAACUGGAUUGCGUACCCACUGCAGAGUGCUGGAGACGGGGUAGCCACGAGGUUGCAAAUUCGUGAAGAAUCAGCAUCAUGUUUGGCAGCUGAGUAUUGGAGCCAGGAGCUUGCCAUGAGGUUAUAUUCCCAGAGGAUGUCAGUCCCAAGGACCAGUAGCUGCCAUCAGUUUGGAUUCUGAAAACUAACCGGCAUCAACACUGGGUGUAGAAACAUGCUUGCCUUAUGUAUCAGAGGACAUGCUCAGCAGAUCCAAGAGAUAUAUUUGGCAACUUUUUCUAGAAAAGGCACAUUGGGUAUCAUUCAUUACAUUCUUGAGUUUUUUUGGGUUUUUUUUUUUUUUUUUUUGAGACAGUCUUGCUGUAUUGCCCAGGCUGGAGUGUGGUGGCACAAUCACAGCUCAUUGCAUCCUCAAUCACCCAGGCCUAAGCAAUCCUCCCACCUUGUAGCUGGGACUACAGCUCACAGCACACCUGGCUAAAUUUUUUUUUUUGUUGCGAUGGAUUCUCUAUGUUGCCCAGGCUGGUCUGAAGCUCCUGGGCUCAGAUGGUCCUCCUGCCUCAGCUUCCAAAGGCACAGGCCAAGUUGUAGCUUUGUCCCUUGCCAUCAUGCCCAACAAGAGGUUCUAUACCUUUUAAUGAAUUGACUUUCAUAAAUUGGUUAUGUUGGUGGGCAAGUUCUUUAAGCUGGAAAUUGUAAAUUCCUCCUGAAAUGUUUUUUCAUGCAGUUGCCAUGAACUAAUACUACAAUAAAGGAUGGUCUUGGGUGUCAA